AUGGCAGAAACUUACUCUUUGUCUUUCCAUACUAUUGGACAACAUAACUAUGCUGCAACAGAACUGGAAACUGGAUACUCUUUACAAAAAACAAUUAUGGUAAUUUCAAUUCCAAUCUGCAUUUUAGGAUUACUUGGGAAUGCAAUUAUCUUCUGCCUUCUCUGCUGCUCAAUCAAGAAAACUAACUUUACUGUGUAUUUCCUAAAUUUGGUAGUGGCUGAUUUUGUUGUACUCAUCUACUAUGUUAUUGUUUUUAUUUUAUUUUUGAAAGCUGUUCCUAUCAGUCUAUAUUCGUUAAAUAUAAUGGAGCUGGCACAUGCAUUUGGAUUCAACGCCAAGACCUAUGUGCUAACAGCUAUCACUGCUGAAAGAUACGUCAUGGUUUUUUCUCCAGCCUGGUAUCAACUUCACCGGCCCAAGCAUUUCUCAGAAAUCAUGUGUACCAUUUUGUGGGUCUUGUCUGGCCUGCUAGCCAUCAUAUUAUAUUAUUCUUGCUACUUGGAGACUGAUACAUUACUUAUGGAAGCUAAUCAUCAUUGUGAGCCUACAAAAAUGGCCAGAGUAAUAAUCAACCUCCUUGUUUUUCUUCCCAUCAUGGUCUUUUCUACAUAUCUUAUUUUCACAAGAAUGCUGAGUGUAUCCCAGGAAACUCCUCUGAGAAGACUUGAUAUCACUAUAGUGGCCACAGUUCUUCUGUUUCUUAUCUUUGCUGCUUCAGUGAGGAUUAUUGAAAUCAUAGCCCGUUGGGUUCCAAAAAUCCAUAUUCCAAUUCUCUUUCUCAUUCUUCAUUUUCUUGAUGCCAUUGACAGCAGUGGGAACCCCUACGUCUACCUGAUAGUUGGCUAUUCAAAGACACCGACUGAUUGUGAAAAACCUUUGCAAACAUUACUUGAGAGGGCUUUGUUGGAUGAUGGAACAACAGAAAUGUAG